UAUAUGCACUCUUAGAAGAAACAAUGAGAGCUAACGUCCCCAACGUAGGGAUGGAGAACUAAUCAGAAGAGUGGGCUAGUGUGGUUGGGAGUUCGUUCACUACUGAAGUGUGUAAUCCGUGGUGUGGAGUGACAAUGGCAGCAUCGUUGUAUGGGAAAGUGGACAGCUGAUUAUUAUUUUGUUCUUUUGUAUAUGAAUUGUGAUCUAAAUGUGGCUAAAAUGCCUGUUCGGAAAUAUAGAAGAGACACUAGUGAAGUUAGCUGUUGUAUGAAGUAUGUUAUAUUUGCAUUUAACGUGAUAUUUUGGGUCCUGGGGCUGGGUGUCUUGGCCAUCGGGGUCUGGGCGUGGACGGAGAAGGACACGUUCAGGAACCUGACUCGUCUGACCAACAUAGCCCUCGACCCUGCCUUCAUACUCAUAUUAAUAGGAACCGUGACAUUUAUCAUUGGCUUUACGGGCUGCGUAGGAGCACUGCGUGAAAACACGUGCCUACUGUCAGCUUAUGCAAUCUUCCUGGGAAUUUUAUUACUGCUGGAAAUGACAACAACUAUAUUGGGUUUCAUUUUUAAAGACUGGAUUAAGAACCAAGCUACCGGGGGCUUUCAAGCGUUUAUUAUCCAUUACAGAGAAGAUCCUGACCAACAGAAUCUUAUAGACUGGAUACAGGAAGAUUGGCUGCAGUGUUGUGGGAUAGAGGGUCCCAAGGACUGGGAUCGUAACAAUUACUUCAAUUGUUCGUCAAGAGACGUCGGUAGUAGAGAGGCUUGUGGUGUGCCAUUUUCUUGUUGUAAGCGGAAACCAAAUGAGAUUAUUAAAAACAAGCAGUGUGGAUAUGAUGUUCGGAAACCUGGUUAUUUGGUUGACAGACUAAUCUUCUCCUCUCAGCCUGGGGAGCACAACAUCUUUGAACGAGGGUGUCUGCGUGCACUGGCAGAGUGGUUUGAAGUUAACUUUGUGGCAGUGGGAGCAGUAGGCAUAACAGUGGCAGUUUUACAGCAAUAUGAUGUGGCCAAGAUAAUAAAUGACAAGGGCUGUGUCCAAGCUGGCGAGGAGUGGAUGGAGCGAAAUCUCUUGAUCGUAGCGGGGAUUGCAGUGGCCACUGCAUUCUUACAGAUAUUGGGCAUCUGUUUUGCUCAUAAUCUACGAGCAGAUAUAUUUGCCCAAAAGUCGAAGUGGCAUUGACAGCCGAGGGCUUCCACUGCAGUCUAGUGUCACUCUAUAAUGGAAGAUGACCAGGCAUACCGCUCGUCAGUGCAUCUCUACGUGCUUUAUGAGUAACUGACGGCUGUAAUGAGUCAUCUUCUACGCAGUGUGGAGCCCAUAAAAGAUCUCACUAACAUUAAUAAAUAAUAAACAUUGAAGUCAUACAAGAGAGUAUUAAAAACAGACAUUACUAUCUAAAAUGUGUUCAUGUAUGAGGAGCUGUGAGAGAUUUUUGUGACGGUGCACGAGAACAUUUUGUGUCUCUACGUACAAGAGAACAAUUUCUGAUUAUAAAAUAUGAGAGAAUGAUCAGUGACUGUUUAGAAAAAAAGUAUUUUAUAUAACACACAUUAUGUAUGCUGAUAUUCCAGCAGACAUUAACCGUGGACCCAUGAAAAUUUGGGCUGUGGUGUGAUGUAACGAGAGUGUCAGUGUGUAUGUGUGAGAGCGCGUGCAUGCGUACGUCACAUUCCUUUUGUGAUGAACCGUGCGAAGUGGAGUUCUCAUUCUUGCUUUUAUGAGUGUUUAACGCAGCUAUGCUAACCUGAUUUACAGUAACAUAUUUCUUAGCAUAAUGGAAGAGUGGGGUGGUUCUGAAUGGUGAUGUUCCUCUACAGCGGGAAACAGACCACAUCUGCAUGUCGUGUCUGAAUUAAGUGUAAAGUUUUGACAUGGAAAUAGGAUACUCAUUUUAAUUUAUGUCUUAAAAAUACUCACUCAGAUAAGGUUUUGUAUUUUUAAUAUAUUUUUACAUUUUAAUACUUUUAUUAUAUUUAAAUAAAUAUCCAUAUUUAAUUUUA